UAUUUAUGUGAUUGGUCAGGGCGGGGGUAUAUAUGCUCAGCAUGGGUCGGUUAAAUCUGGCCCACAAGUUUUUAAACGUUCAAACAGGGCAGACAGACAGAGAGACGGCCAGUGGGACGGUCCAUGUGACUGAGGAGCUUUGGGCAAACCACUGCACCACACACUCAAAACAAGAACUGUUUGAGGGGGAAAAAAGGGAAAAAGGCAGAAUCAUUGUGGAUCAUUUCCAGGGGGAAUAUCCUGACCCACAACUUGUUUGUUUUCUCUUUCUUUCUCGUUUCCAAGCUACUCUCAGAUCUCGAUGCUUUGCUUUGGAAUUUGUGCUCCAAAUCCAUCAGAUUCCUCUCUUGAUCUUUCAUUUUGUCCCCUGGAACAUUUCGAGCAACUUUUUUUUCCCAGAAGUUUGCAAUCCAAAAAGCUGAGACAGACGUUUGCUCACUUCCACUUGGACUAAAAGUUGAUUCCGAGCCCUGUUCUGGAAUGAAUUCAGCCAAGACCGGUUCGACCAGAGAGACCCUUUUGCACGCCGGCCGGAUGUCUCUCGGGGGCCGCUGGGUGUCGGGGACCCCGAGCCCUGCUUCCGAUUCUGAACCGGGUUUCGAGCAGAACAUCUCCGGGGACUGCAGUUCUCCCGAUGACCUUAGAAGUGGGAACAUGAUGAGAGCAGAACGGAGGCUCUGCCUGACACCGAGUUCAGGGGGACAGAGUCCGGACCUGAGCCAUGCAGGAGGUCUUCUGCCAGGCGCAGCUGAUGGGAAGGCUGUGGGGGGAGAGCAGAGGAUCCGCAGGCCUAUGAACGCCUUCAUGGUCUGGGCCAAAGACGAGAGGAAACGACUUGCCGUGCAGAACCCUGACCUACACAACGCUGUGCUCAGCAAGAUGCUAGGCCAGUCAUGGAAAGCCCUGAGUGCAACAGAUAAACGACCAUUUGUGGAGGAAGCGGAACGUCUCCGUGUGCAGCACCUCCAAGAUCACCCCAACUACAAGUACAGGCCUCGGCGUAAAAAGACCACCAAAAAACUCAAGCGGGUUGAACCGGGGCUUCUGCUGCAUAGUUUAGCCCAGGGAGGGGCACCAGGACUCGGAUUAGGAUCUGGUAUCAGCCCCUUGGGGGCAGAAAGUGUCCAUGGAGGUUCAGCUUAUGGGCAUCAUCAUCACUCGCACCACCUGCUGCAUCCUCUAGGGCACUUCAGGGACUUUCAGGCCCAAGGACACUCAGACCUGGAGAGCUACGGCCUGCCCACUCCAGAGAUGUCCCCUCUGGAUAUUCUGGAGGACAGAGCUGGGGAAUCUGUGUUUUUCCCCCAACACAUGCAAGAGGAGACAGCGAUGGGAGGUUGGAGUGGUUACAAUCAUCACCUUCACCAUCAUAACCAACAUUACAGCCACAAUUACAAUAACCACAGUCACACCACCAUGAAUGGUAAAGAAACACACAGCCUGGGUUCAGGAAUAAGUGGUAGUGCCAGUUUAAGCACCUGUUUGAGUCCAAGUAGAGACUCCAGAGUCGAUACAAGAAUGAAUUCUGCGGAGUCAAAUAUGACCUUGAGCAUGAGCUCUAGGUUAAGUCACACCUCUAGUCACCACAUUGCCUUGAGGAGCCCUGUCAAGUGCCCGCCACCUCCCUCCGACUCCUCCUCCCCUGUUCCCUACUCUCAGGCCACCAUCAAUCUCCCCGAGCUGGUAAAAUCACACCAAAUGCCACAUCAACCCAUUGCUCCUGUCAGCUACUUUGGCCAAAUGUACGGGAACAGCGCUCCAAACGCGACAUAUUACAUGCCCUCUCAUCUGGGUCAGCUUUCACCUCCUCCUGAAACAUCUCAUUCUUCCUGCCCAUCCUCUUCCAUCCCCCACUUCCCUCCUUUGCACCUGGAGCCUUCAAAUCAAAACGAGUCCUCCUGCAAUUUGGUGUCUUCUUCUGCUGAGUUUUGGUCGGAGGUGGACAGGCAUGAAUUUGACCAGUAUGUAAAUGUCGGAAGGGGAGAGGAGGCCUACGUAGGUGGCGCCGGCUGUGGCGGCGGGUCCAAAGUCCUGAUUGGCCACAGCAGCAGCGAUGGCGGUAGUAACAUGAGUAGCAGUUUAAUUAACAGGGAUGUCAGCAGCAUUCUGAGUGGUGGAUGUGAGGAAGAGAGCAGCCCUCUUAUAUCUGCUCUUUCUGAUGCAAGCAGCGCUGUGUAUUACAGUGCCUGUAUCACUGGAUAAAUAUUCCAUCUCAUAAAUCACAUUUUGGUCUGGUUCAUUUGAACCAGGGUUUCUUUUUGAAGAAAGUAGUUUUUAGUAUUUUGCCUUGAUUAUUACUGAUCAAUUCCAUGUUUAGUGUGUUUCAUGUGGAGAACAGAAAGAUUUUUUGUCUUUUUAUUAUACCAACUCUCCCCGGAGCCAAAGCUGGGAAUAGUGAAUAAAAGUAUUUUUAAAUGUGCUAACAAAAAGCAUGUGCAAAAUCCUUAGUUUGAAAUAAAUGCAUUCCCGAACAUGAUAUUGACCAAUUGACUGGCAGGAUAAGCAGCUUUACUUGAGGCCAGUGUGGUGGAUUAGACUUGCUAGAAUGGUCAUUUAGGACCCAUAGGAUUGUGUGCAGGAGGGGAAUGCACCAAUGCUCGUGUCAUGUUUAAGGCAGAUGCUCCAGCAGAAGGUUUUUGGCUUUUUCUGAACAAUUGCAUAAUCAACCCCUGUCAGUCAUUUAGGCUACAAUGCAGAUGCAACUCAGUGUUUACGAUAAAUUACUAGAGGCUUUUCAUCAAGAGAUUGUCUAUUGAUCCAAAUGAAUAGUGUAGAAAAGACUAUGUCGAGCAAGUGCAUUGUCCUGUUCAGAGGUUAUAUUUUCACUUUAGUAACUCAAGAUGCUUCUUAGGGAGAAAAAUACUGUAAAUGACACGGCUGUAAUGCACCUUAAAACAGGAUUGUAUUUUUAGUUACUCACUAAAAGUACUUACUGACUAGAUAUGGAGAAAUCCAUAACUAGAAAUAUUAUGUCAUCUCAUUUUUUACAUUUCAUCUCAGGAUCAUAAAAAUACGCUCCUCUCAACUCAAAGUUUAAGUCAAUUACUUUGCUGGUUUGAAGAGGGCUUGAAGGACAAUGAAGGAGGAACAGACAGACAGACAUGAGAGAAAGACUUGAUGCAAGAGGCUCGAUCCGGCCCAAACUAAUCUCUGUGUUGUCGGGGAAGCCACAGACCCGAUGUAGACCGCUGAUGUCUCCCACAAACUAUCAGGAUGUUUUACAAGCCGAGGCGGGUUUAUUCAGACCGGGAAACAUUCUUUUCCUUCUCUGUCUCAGUCUCUGACGAGGCCGCACGUCAAUCUCCGAUGCCAAAAUCUGAAUGUUUUAUGCUUUCUGGCAAACAUACAUAUGUUGAUGAUUCCAAUGUCAUUAUGUUCAACCAGUAAGACUUAGUGGCAUAGCAUGUUUAUGAUUAUAACAUGAAAAAUAUAUUGGAAUACAGAAAACAUUUUUCCUGCAUAGAAGCAUAUCACUUGUUUGAACAAAAAGGAAAAUAAAACAAGUCAUUUAGUUCUACGCAGACAACCAACUUAAAUGUCAUUGGAACACUUAUUUGGCGGAAGGUAAUAUCGUCUCUGGUCUGGAUAUUUGUGCCUUCAAACAAAGCAACAGGAAUAAUGACGAGCUCUUUGACCACUCUUAUUAUACAUUUUUCAAUUCUUAAUGUCAUUUAAACCUUCAUGGAUAACGGUUCAUGUGUUGAGUCUUUAUUUGAUUUUUUGAAAUGUAGUUUUGAUGUAGCCUUUUAAUGUGUGUAUACAUAUAUAUGAAGAUCAUAGAUGUCUUUUGACAGUAUGUGAAGGAGGAAUUGAGACUAUGAAAUGUUCGCUUUGCACUGGGUUUAAUUUUAUAGCUGUAUAGAAAUAACACUACUCAUUCAAAAUGAUGGACAUUUGUUAGAUUGUUUUGUACAGAAACGACCGAUUUUUUGUUUAGUAUAUUUUGUUUUUUACAUUUAAUUUUUUAAAGGUAUAGCUCAACAUUUUAGGAAAUGAUUUGCUCUUUGCUGAUGGUUUAAUUAGAAGAUCAAUAACACUGGAGCCGGGAAACAAUUAGCAUGGCUUAAAAUAAAGACAUGAACCAGCUUUAUUUUCUUCCAUAUUAAACAGAUGUUGCACCUGGACCUCUAAUAUGUACUCAUUCACAUUUAUCUUAUUAUUUAAUUUUGUGCAAAAAUAGUUAAACCAUGUUACUCCCAGUAGAACCAAAACUUAUGUUGUUAGUUUUGUGUCCAGUUGGUGUACUAAAUAACAUUAACGGUGUUGAUUAAACUGUCUUUUGGCUAAACAAGGCUCCUGGUUCCAGUGCCUAACAAUGAUAAUGAUAUUCACACUAUCUGCAAGAAAAAUGUUGAACUAUUCGUUUAAAAAUAAUUGAAUUUAAAAACAUUGUAGUAGCAAGUUUCCACUUGUCUUCCAAACACUAUUUUAUUUUGUGUGUGUAAACUUGCCUUUAACAUGCAAUCUGAACUGUAAAGAUAUCUAUAUAUACAGUUUACACUUUGCUCUGCCACACAAAUCGUUGGGAACAUAAAUCAACAGGUAUAACCACUAUAGGUAUCUGUAGGUGUUUAUUCUGCAUACAUCCUGUAAUAUUUGUGUAUAUGUUGAGAGUAAAGAACAGACGUCUCUCUCCCAGGAUUUAUCUGUUCUGCAUUAGUCCCAAAGAUUAUACUUUUUUUGUACAUGAACAGUAGAACACAAUUUUUUAUUUUGUACAGUGAAACCAGUUACAUUUACCGCACUGUUCUUUGUGGCCACCAUUGGUGGAAAAUGGAGCCAUGGUAGAUUUUUCAGUUCCUCUAGAGGACGGAGCCGCAGAGAAGCAGCAGUUCUAACAGAAUAUUUAACAAAUACGUCUACAUCUGCAUUUGGAAUUAUUUUCUAUUCACACCAACAGAGUCUUGGUGACUUUGAAACACAAAAAACAUCAGAGGCAGACUAUUUUUUGAUGUUGACUAUGUUCUGAUUAAAUCAAAAGAGAUUUACGCAGCAAUCUUAUGAAGACAAAUUAAAACCAGGACUUUGUGAGUGUGGUGCUUCUAAAUCUGUCUUCCGGGGAUGAUAUUGAAAUUCUCUGUAUAAAAUACUUUUGUUUGUGUCUUUAAAUUCUGUUUAAUUAAACGAUGUAACUAAAUAAACUGUAUUUACUUAAUGAAAACCGACUUGAAACCA